CAGGGCAGUCAGUGCCCAUGAAGCCUUGCCCUGGCUUCAGAGUCUGCUGGUGAGACAACUUCAAACUCUUCAGGAAGGAGAGUGGCAGGCUCUGCCCUCACUGUGGGAGAUGCCACUUGCUGGCAGAGCCAGAAGCAGCAGCAUCCUCUUCCCAUGGAUCCACUACAAAUGGCCCACACGGGCCCUCGGAAGAAGAGAGCCAGACCUAUGGGUGCAUCAAUGGCCACCACUCCUCAGGACAUCAAGUUUCAGGAUUUGGUCCUCUUCAUUUUGGAGAAGAAAAUGGGAACGUCCCGCAGAGCCUUCCUCAUGGAGUUGGCCCGAAGGAAAGGGUUCAGGGUUGAAAAUGAGCUCAGUGAUUCCGUCACCCACAUUGUGGCAGAAAACAACUCUGGUUCAGAUGUUCUGGAGUGGCUUCAGGUACAGAAAAUAAAAGCCAGCUCACAGCUAGAACUCCUUGAUGUCUCCUGGCUGAUAGAAUGCAUGGGAGCAGGAAAACCAGUGGAGAUGACAGGAAAACACCAGCUUGUUGUGAGAGGAGACUAUUCAGCCAGCUCCAACCCAAGUCCUCAGAAGACUCCACCACCUGCUGUAAAGAAGAUCUCACAAUACGCAUGUCAGAGAAGAACCACUUUAAACAACCAUAACAACAUAUUCACGGAUGCCUUUGAGAUACUGGCUGAAAAUUGUGAGUUUAGAGAAAACGAAGGGUCUUAUGUGGUUUUUAUGAGAGCCGCUUCUGUGCUGAAAUCUCUUCCGUUCACAAUUAUCAGUAUGAAGGACACGCAAGGAAUUCCCUGCCUGGAGGACAAGGCAAAGUGUGUCAUAGAGGAUAUUAUUGAAGAUGGAGAAAGUUCUGAAGUUAAAGCUGUGUUAAAUGAUGAACGAUAUAAAUCCUUCAAACUCUUCACUUCCGUAUUUGGAGUGGGAUUAAAGACAUCUGAGAAAUGGUUCAGGAUGGGUUUCAGAAGUCUGAGUAAAAUAAGGACAGACAAAACCCUGAAAUUUACGGAAAUGCAGGAAGCAGGAUUCCUCUACUACGAAGACCUUGUCAGCUGUGUGACCAAGGCUGAAGCAGAUGCCGUCAGUGUGCUGGUUAAAGAGGCUGUGUGGGCGUUUCUGCCAGAUGCCUUUGUCACCAUGACAGGAGGGUUCCGGAGGGGUAAGAAGGUUGGGCAUGAUGUAGAUUUUUUAAUUACCAGCCAAGGAUCAACAGAGGAAGAACAGCAACAGCUUUUACAUAAAGUGUUAAACUUGUGGAAAAAAGAGGGAUUGCUUUUGUACAGUGACCUUAUCGAGUCCACAUUUGAAAAGCUCAAGUUGCCUAGCAGGAAGGUGGAUGCUUUAGACCAUUUUCAAAAAUGCUUUCUGAUUUUAAAGUUGCACCAUCAGAGGAUAGACAACAGCAAGUCCAGCCAGCUGCAAGGAAAGACCUGGAAGGCCAUUCGUGUGGACCUGGUCAUGUGCCCGUAUGAGUGCCAUGCCUUCGCCCUGCUGGGCUGGACUGGCUCCAGGCAGUUUGAGAGGGACAUCCGGCACUAUGCCUCGCAUGAGCGGAAGAUGAUACUGGACAACCAUGCUCUGUAUGACAAGACCAAGAGGAUAUUUCUCAAAGCAGGCAGCGAAGAAGAAAUUUUUGCACAUCUGGGCCUGGAUUACAUUGAACCAUGGGAAAGAAAUGCCUAGAAAAGAGUCCUGGAUUUUUUUCUGUUUUGUGUGUGUGUGUGUACAUGUGUUUUGGUUUUUUUUUUUGCUACAUUUUGUUAUAAGAUCAAGUUAAAUAACUAUGCUUCAUGUUAUAGUAAAAAGCUUCCUUAGAAAAGUUCAGGAUUCUUCAACUUUUACUGAAAUGUAGAUUGCUACUAGAAAUAAGUUGUUUUGGAAACAUAAUAAAGCACCACCUAGUAACAGGUUAUGCUCUAACAGACCAUUUGUAUGGCUGUUGCUUAGAAUUCACGUUGCAUUUUUCCAUAGAAACAGUAUUACACUUGGUGGCUCAUUUCCAAGGAAGCUCAUCAAAGCCCACUUUGCCCACAGUGUAACUGAAGUACUAUAUUAUCUCCAUUAAAAAUAGGAAGAAACAAGAUGGUGGAGUCUUCUUUUCUUCACUUAAAUAUUAUAAAAACACUUUUAAACAAAAAUGGAAUAAGAAAAUUUUGAAAUUUACCUUAAGGAGGAAACAGGUUUAAUUAGAAGAUGCAGAGAUUCUGAAGGGGACUCUGGGUCCCUUCUGGAAAGAAGGGCUAACUCUUGGCUCUGGCUCAGCUAAGCUCAAAGCCUGUUUCUCCCCCUUCACCACGGAGCCGCGUCACUAGAUGUCCCAGCACAAGGCCACAUGAGGAAAUAUGCCCACUGCUUUCACUUGGACGGAAGCAGAAUUGCCUAAAGUACCAAACGAACAUCUUUCUCUUUUUUCCACCUUGGAGUCUUUCUCUGGAUUUUGGUGGUCCAGUCUCUCUCAGGAAGGUGAUCUCUUUUUGGUCUUUUCAUCUCAAGGCACCUAAGGUAUGGGUGGAAUGCCCCAGGUUCCAGAUCAAUUCUGGCCUUCCAGUUUCUCCAGGAGGGCAUAGACCCUAUGACUUGAUGGGAUUUAAAAGCCAUCUGUUGCAGCUACUCUGUGUCCUCAGCCUGCUGAGGAGAUGGGAGGACCCUUGGCCACCGUUCUCCCUUCCUUCCAGCCUCCUUAGAGAGGAGGGUAUUGGGAGAUCCAGGACCCCAUACAGGCUUGAUGUCCUACGCUGAGUAGAAGGAGGGAGAUUUCUUCCUUUCCUGGUGUAGAACCUGGAGAUGGGGCAUGAGUCAGUUUUGCCAAAAAUGAUGCAUAAGAAGCCAUCUCAACACUUUGUGUCAUAAGACAACACAGAUCUGCAUAUUGGCUGGGAGUCAGCUGAUCUAGGCAGGGCUCUACUCCCCAUGUUCCUCAUCCUCAUGUCCCUGAGACUAGUGGCUUGACCUGGGCAUAUUCUUCCCAUGAUGGCAGCAGAAAUGCAAAAGCAAGCAAGCCCAAGCAUGCAAAUGCUUUUCAAGACUCUUGCCAUUGUAGUUUAAUAUCCAAGUGGCCAAAGCACACCACGUGCCUAAGUCUCAGGGGAUGGGGAAUUAUACUCUGUCCACAAUGGGAGGACAUUGCCAAGUUAUAUGUCAAAAGGGCAUGGGUGCAGGGAGGGGUGAAGAACUGGGGUCAUUAAUGCAAGCUACUUUGGGGAGUCAAGGGUUUAGUUUCUUUUCAUUCUCCUCUUUUCCCACUAACUGUCUCACUUAAUCCCAGUAAAUCUCAGGCAAGUGCCAUCCUGGUAAAUCUGGGGAGACAGUGCUUCUGCUCAGCAGGAGCAUUGAGCUUUGAAGGCAAAGAUGGUGGAAGAUUCAAAGGAGGGGCUGGCUGCAGAGGGAAACUCACCCCAGUGUCUGAGUUUUAAGAGAAAGAAAGACCUUGAGGUGAGUUUCUGUUGCCCAGUCAAGCCACAUAUAAGUGGCCACUACACCCCUCAGCAUCACAUCACAACUACAUUGACUAUCUGCUGCAGGUAUUCUGCUGUGUGUCUCGUGGGCAUUGUCCCAUUUAAUCAGUCCAAUAUCCCUUAAGUGAGUACGACACCUGCUUUACAAAGGAGGGAAAGCUGAGGUGUUCCCUGCCCAAGGUCAAGCUGAUAUGCAGCAAAGCUGGGGUUUGAGCCCAGGUCCAGGGCUGUCUGAAUCCAAAGGCAAUGCUUGUUACCACUAGGCAGGAAGGUUCAGGAGUGGGUAUUUAGCUGUGUUCACUCAGUCAUUCAACAAAUAUAUUGACAGGUUUGCCUGGGACAGUUCCAGGUUAUGGUUGCUGUCCCUAUAUGAUAGUACACCCUUUCUGUCUUAAAAGUUUCUGG